GUCACUCAGUGAGCAGGAGUCACAAGUAGCGGCUGUGUUUUUCUUUUUCUUUUCUUUCCCAUUUGAGGGUUAAAUGCUAGAGCAACCGCAAACGUGUGGAAUUGAGGUUUACUCAGUCAUCAUGGAGGAGGACGGGGGAAGCCCUCUCUUCAAGUACCCAGUAUCUGACUUCCUGUUGACAGUCGGUGGUCUGGUGUUCUUUCUCCUGGACGUGGGACUGGACGCGUUGGCGGUGGUGUCUUUUUAUCAGGAAGAGGACUAUGUGUUCAUGGGACUGCUGGUGUUCCUACUCCUAGGUUCCUCAGCCCUGGUCCAGGCUUUCAGCUGGCUGUGGUACCACUAUGACAAGGACGGGACUGAGACCAGGACUGAGAGCCUUGUGAAGAACCUCUGCUCUCUCAAGAUCCUACAUCUUUUCCAGAUGGGAGUCUACCUCAGAUAUGCUGGUGUGGUGAGGAUCUCGAUAUGUGGCUUCUGCUGUGGAAAGCGUUACAUGGGCGGCGAUGCUGUGUAUCUGACCCAUGACCUAAGCCUGCUGCGCCUCAUCGAGGCUUUCUCUGAGAGCACCCCACAGCUUGUCCUCAUGAUCACUAUCAUUGUCCAGAGGGGAGAGGUUGAGCCCAUCACAAUCUUGAAGGCACUUGGUUCAGCAUCUGCCAUCGCCGUCAGUGUGACCAUGUACCACCGUUCCCUGCGCUCCUUCCUCCCUGACAAGGCCAGGCAGGGCUGGUUCUCCUCCGUGGUCUACUUCCUGUGGAACCUGCUCCUUAUUGGUCCCCGUGUGGCAGCAGUCGCCCUCUUUGCCUCAGCCUUCCCCUGCUUUAUCACUGCCCAUUUCCUGUCUUCCUGGAUGGUUCUCUUUUUCUUCGCCUGGCGACUCAAGACAGACUUCAUGGACAGCCCUGGUGGAGAAUGGCUCUACCGGGCCACCAUAGGACUCAUCUGGUAUUUCAGCUGGUUCAAUGUGAUAAAGGGGGACACCAGGUGCCAGAGCACCCUCUACCACACCUGGAUAGGAGUGGAUAUUGGUAUGCUUUGUGGUCUUUGGGUGUGGCAGAUGAAGAAGAACCCUCCAUAUUUUGAACUGCCACUAGAUCCCUAUGUCAUCCUUGGCAUUAUGAUCUCAUUCUACAUUGUUGGGCUCGGUCUUAAGGUGAUAUACUACAAGUACAGUCACCCAAAGAUCACACAGCUGAGAGAAGACGACCGUUGCCUCGAGCCGGAGCCAAGGUCUGAGCCAGAGGAUCUCACCUCAGAUUGCCAUGACGAAGUGGACUCUAGGCUUAUGAGCCAUAGAAUGGGUCCUACAGAACCGGUCAUCAGAGUCAAUAAGAGGAUGAGGAACUUAGCUGAUAACUUCUACUCCUGAAUUGAUCAUCAGAGACCUCCUGAACAUGGAGAAGGCUGUAUGGGCUUGUUUGACAUUGCAGCCGACAUUGCAGUCAGUCUCAAUUAGUCAUUCAGUCACAAUUUACCCACAAUGACUAAAUGGUCUGUCACAUGUGGAGAUGGAAUCCACAUGACAGAUGGUAAUGUGAGCCCUUCCCACACUGGUGAAAAUACCAAGGUCCUUUAAAAAUAUAUAUUUAAACUUUAUUUUGACAGGGAGUCAUGCUGAGACCAAGGUCUCUUUUACAGAUGAAUCUGGAGGCGAAAGAAAGGCACACGUGUUUAGGCGAGGUGCUGGCUAGCGGAGUAGAACACGUGUUUAGGCGAGGUGCUGGCUAGCGGAGUAGAACACGUGUUUAGGCGAGGUGCUGGCUAGCGGAGUAGAACACGUGUUUAGGCUAGGUGCUGGCUAGCAGUGUUUUGUUGUUGUUGGAACAUCCCUUUAAUGGAAAACUUCAGCUCCCCUAAUCGUGAUAUUUAAACUGAAAAUGUAGUUUGCUCACCUGCGCACAUACUCCAACUUCUUUUAGUAAAGAGUUAUUUUAUACCUCCAGCCAAUCGCAAUCACUCUAUUGAGACAUAUAUCAGACUCGUUGAAAAAUAUGUUGGUAAUCUCCUUCAGAACAAAACAGGAGUACAUAUCCUUCCAUAAUUUAUCAGAGAAUGAAACACAAGCUUCGCUUGAUUUACAAUCCGAUACAUCAGUCUUUACCCCCCUGCUGAUAAGGGUGGGUCGGUUGUACUCAUGGAUAGUACAGUUUAUGUAAAGGAGUGUCAUAGACAACUGCUUGACAACACCUCUUACAAGAAACUCAGAAGUGACCCCACUUCCUAAUUUCAGAACACUAUCUUUACUGUCCUAGAUGGGUUUUAAGUUCUGGUCAGAUCACCCAAAAAAAACACGACUUUUUGGUUAUUCAACACCCUAAAAGUGUCACUUUCUAUACUUUGCCGAAAUUACACAAGAAUGUUACAAAACCUGCAGGGCGCCCUAUUGUAGCGGGCAUUGACACAGUAACGGCUCCUUUAUCGCCUUUUGUUGACUUUUUAUUAGACCACUCGCAGAACAGCUCCCCUCCUUUGUAAAGGACACCAGCAGUAUGAUCUCUAUUAGUGAAUCUCUUGAUCCUCUCCCUGAUUGUACUUUGUUAGUUACUUUUGAUGUUGAGUCGUUAUACAGAAUAUUCCACACGAGGGCGUUAUUGAAGCCAUGGAACAUUGUCUUCUGCAACGUGAAUGAAUUACCUUCCAGUGCAUGCAUUAUGACUUUGGCUGAAAUAGUACUCGCACACAACUACUUCAUAUUUCUAAAUUAUUUCUUUAUUCAGAUGAAGGGUACUGCUAUGAGUUUACUAAGGUUUCUAACUACGCUAAUUUGUAUGUGGGUUACAUGGAGAAACAGUCCAUUUUCAACCCUCUCAACAACAAAACAUCUUGUCUAACAUUAUUAUUUGGAAACGGUACAUUGAUGUUUUUGUUCUAUUGAGGGGUGAAGUGAAACAGCUCCAGGCACCUGAGAUUUACUACGCAAUCUGACACGCGUCAAAUGAGUUUGCUUGAUCUUCUGAUUUUGUUUGAGGAUAAUGAUCUAUACACUGAUCUUUACAGGAAACCUACUGAUCGUAACAGUUUCUUGAAAAACAGUUUGCCCUAUAGCCAAUUCUGUCGAAUCAAAAUAAUUUGCAAAAAACAAUCAGACUUCGACAGAAAUAUGUCUGAGAUGCAAAGUAAACUCAAGGAUUCAAGGGUACAAAAAUGGUCGGAUUAAUACUGCCACAAGCAUUUCGCUUGUGCUAAACUAAUCGAGACAUGAGCUUUUUCAAGGACAAGUCUCGCAAAAAUAAGCAUUCUUGCGUUCUAGGCUACCCGCUAUUCAAAGUGUUCAGGAACAAAUUAAGCAAACAUUGGCACUUUCACAAACAUGUGUUUUCGGACCCUCACUUGGUCGUAUUCUCGCGGGGCAGAAAUCUCAGAUAAAUUGAUAAACUCUAAUUCACCUCCCUAAAACAACCCUGCACAACGUCUAUUUGCGCAUCUACCGGAUGGAAACGACAAGUGUAAUGGCUGCGCUCAAUGCAAUGGCAUUUAAAAAUGUAGAUCAAUCAAACACUCCCAAACAGGGAAACAGAUCCCUAUCAAAGGUGUUAUCACGUGCUCCACUAAGGCAGUUAUUUAUCUUAUAUCUUAUCCUUAUGGUAAAAGGAAUGUGGGUAAAACAAAGCGCGAAUUAAAAGUACAAAUCUCGGAGCAUCGUAGCACCAUUAGGUGCAAAAACUCGAUUUACCCAGUUGCGGCUCACUUUUUGGAAGUGAACCACUCGAUUUCGCCCCAACGUUAUAUCGGCAUCGUAACAUGUCACCCCCCCUAGGAGAUUGGGUGACCUCGACAAUUUAUUAAUAAAACGAGAGGAUGCCUGGAUCUUUCAUUUAAAGACCCUUGCUCCCUUUGGUCUCAAUGUAGACUUAGAUCUGAAACCAUUGGGAUUGUGCUACUCAUUGUAAAUGUGUGUAGCCAAAUUGUAUCUACGAUCGUACGCUAUCCAUUCAUGUUUUUUGUAUGUUAUUUUUAUAUCUGGGAAUUAACCAAUGAUAUCAGGCCAUACCCGGACAUGAUUACAGACACCUGUAUGUGUCCUGAGACACUAAACUAGUGCCCCAUAAUGUUUGUCAUUAUACCCUGAUGAAGACAGCUUUUCUGUCGAAAUGUUGGAUAAUUAGGUUAUAAACUGGUUGGUUCAGCACUGAAUGCUGAUUGGCUGACAGCCAUGGUGUAUCAGACCAUAUACCACGGGUAUGACAACAUGUAUUUUUACUGCUCUAAUUGUGUUGGUAACC